AUGAGAGCUCACACACAAGUCAUAUUUACAAGUUACUCUUUGUACCAUGCAACACUUGAAACACCUGGCUGCCAACUCGUCUUGCCGUCACGAUGCGUCUCCUAUAUAAAUCGAAUUCUUUGCUUAAAACUAAUCAUAUCUAAGAAAUUUAGGUUGUUCUCAACGAUGGUAAACGGCUAUUUCACGACAGCGCUCGUAAUUCUUGGCACUAUUGGGAACGUUCAUGGAGUAAGACGAGUCCUAAUCACCAAUCUGGAUAAGAAGCGUGGUGUGGUGUUGGCGGUGUCGUUGAUCGCGCUAGCCAUCUGGGAUACGAUCCUUCUGUGGUGCGCCUUCUUCUACUACGCGAUCCGGAAACUUCCGAUCGCCAUCAAUUCCGAUUGGCUGAACAUCCUAAUGCCGUGGUUCCAUCCAUUCUCGCAAAUUGCAAACACAGCCGCGACAUGGUGUGUUGUUGCAAUAACGUGGCAACGAUUUAUGGCGACGAGAGAUCCAUUUAGAACCCCAAGGUCAAAAGCACUGGUCCGGUCGUUCAGAAGCGAGCGCCAAGUCUCGUUCAUGUACUGCUCAACCUAUCGUCGUCUACUUCGCAUGCCUAUUGCACUUUCUAUUGGAGCCAUAUUGCUGAAUGUUCCAGCAUUUUUCGAACUCUACAAUUACCUGUGCUACAAACAAGAAGAGAAUCGGAUAGUACGACCGACAGCGUUGCGACUGCAGAGCGCAUACGCGUUGUACCGUUUGAUCUCACGGAUGAUUGUGGUCUCGAUUGGCCCAAAUCUUGGGAUUCUGAUUCUAACCCUACUCACUGUCUUUAUGUUACGAGGUUCGAAUCGCACUAGGAGAAAGCUGUUCCAAAUGAGUGAAAAUUUCCUCGAUCGAAACGCUUCGAGGGAAAUUCUGCAAACCCUGAUCUCUAUCAUGUUGGUCUCGAAGUUCCUAUGUUUUAGAAGUCUGACUUUCGUGCUCGACCUGGUCGAAGUCACUGUAGGUGUCCACAACUACUAUCUCGUUGACGUAUCAAAUUUCCUUGUCCUUCUGAAUUCGGCCACGAACAGCCUAGUGUUUUUGAAAGCGAGUUCGUGGAUGAAUAAACGAUUUUUACAGAAGAAGACGAUGACGCGUAAGAAAACGGUCUGCGAUGCAGGGCAAGUUCUGGGUGAUCGUUUGAACAUCCUGUCCUCAUCGUGGCAACAAGCUGUGGCGUUGAACAACGGCAAUCCCGGAGUUCGGAUACUGUACUCGAUUCUUCGUCGCCAACCGACUCUGUUUGCUGUGUUCAGAACGUCGAGCCUGGUGCUCUACGCCAAUGAGAAGGUGACUUUUUCUGACAGUAUGGGGUUUAUGGAAGUGGCUGAGAGGAUCACGGCAUUCAUAGGAGAACUACUACAAAUAAUAAAGGACGGAAAACCAGAUGAGUACGUCGUGAUGCGAAUACGACGGGUCGGCGCUGUUCACUUCCAGCAGGGCCUACAGUUUCCAUCCAUCGUGUGGAGGGAGUUCAAGUCCAGCAUCAUCGGCAUCAUUUCGGAGUGUGAAUUCAGGAACAGUGAUGAACGAGAGGCCGCUUUGGAUGCGUGGAAUGUUUUUACUUCGUUCAUUAUUCGUGAAAUGAAAAUGGGCACAUGGGCUAUGGGCGACACUCUAGCCAGCGUUUCAUGA